AGGCGUCCUUUAACCUUCAUACUGUUGUUAAACUGUAAGCGCUACAGUAAAUGUAUUCACAGUAACGCAGUUGUUUGUAUCGUUCAGUUCUGAGGGUUUGAGCUGCUGAUAUUCGAUCUGUCGGUCUAUAUUUAUCUGUUCGGUGCUCGAUGCGCAUGCGCAGAAACCCACUCAACACCGAACACACCGAGAACCGGCAGGCAUCAGUAUGGACGUGUAUGAGGUCAGAGGUCGUCUGGACGUGAUCGCGGAGGAGCUGACGGCGAGUGAGGAGGAGGAGGAGGCGGUGUCUGUGAAGCAGGACUCUCCUGAUGUGUCCACCGCGCAGCAGAUGAAGGAGCAGCUCUCCAGAAGCAGGAGCAAACUCAGCCAGAAGAUCGUGGAGAUGGAGAACUUCGCCAGUAACCUGGAGGAGAUCUUCAUCACUGUGGAGGAGAACUUCGGCCGGCAGGAGCAGAAUCUGGAGCAGCACUAUAACGAAGUUCUGCAGACGCUGUCGCAGAGGAAUGAGGCGCGAGCCGCGGUGCUGGACGAGCAGAAGAACAGCAAGCUGGAGCGUUUGUACGGUCAGCUGCUGCUGUGCGGCCGAACACUGGACGCGGCUAAGGAGCUGAUCGAGAGCGCACAGGAGCUCCACCGCAGACCAGACAAACACGCCUUCCUGCAGGCUGUCACGCCAGUUAUGAAGAGAGUGGAGCAGUUCUCCAGAGAGGAAGUGGAUCUGAAGCUGGGAGUGUCUCUGGACUUCGACGUGCCGAUGAUGGAUCUGUCCCAGGUCAGACAGAUGAUGGACUCCAUUAACGUGCUUCCAGCUCCGUCAGCUCCGGUCAUGAAUCCGCAGAUCGCUAACUCUGCCACCGACACGUCGCUGCACGUGUGCUGGAGUCUGUUCUCGGACGACACCGUGGAGUUUUACGAGCUUUACUGGCGUCUGAUCUCUGACGACUGCACUAUGGAGACGCCGCAGGAAGUGUCUCAGCUGAAGGUGAAGGAGACACACUGCACCGUGUCUGAUCUGCUUCCUAACGCUCAGUAUGAGCUCUGGGUCACAGCCACCAACACCACAGGCAUCAGCCCGGCCAGCGAGAGGGCCGUUUACAUGACGGUUCCCUCUCCGCCGGUUCUCAAGCCGCGGCAGUGUGUGAGCAGCCUGGACUCGGCGCUGAUCCGCUGGGACUCUGGAAACACCAACCCGGUGGAGUCGUACACGCUGGAGCUUCACCAGACGCACGCAGACGCCGGCUGCUCCGCCACCGAGUGCAUCGUGGCGAUCCCGUCCUGCGAGUGUCAGCUGCAGCUGCAGCCCUGGAAGCACUACAUCAUCCACAUCAGAGCCGUGAACAUCGGCGGCCCGAGCGACCGCAGCGAGCCCAUCACCGUCUCCACCACAGGUACAUUCUUCCACCUGCUGGAAGACACCGCGCAUCCGAGCCUGUCACUGUCAGCCGACGGCCUCACCAUGUUCUACCUGGAUGAAGAUCUUCCCAUCAGUCACAUGACCUUCAGCGAUAACACCUUCAACAGGUGUGUGGCGGUUCUGGGCGACCUGGUGCCCGUCAGAGGCCACUAUUACUGGGAGAUCGAUGUGGACGAGAGCGCAGAGUUCCGCGUAGGAGUAGCGUAUGAGGACACACAGCGCAACUCCUACCUGGGCGGGAACAACACGUCCUGGUGCAUGAGACACAUCCUCACGCCGUCCAGGCACAAAUACGAGUUCCUGCACAACGGCUGGACGCCGGACAUCCGCAUCACAGUGCAGCCGCUGCGGAUCGGCGUGUUCCUGGAUUAUUCCCGCGGGAUCCUCUCCUUCUACAACGCAGCGCUGCGGCAGCACCUCUACACCUUCAGCUGUCAGUUCCUGCACUAUGUCCAGCCGUGUUUCGCGCUGGAUAACCCUGGAGCGCUGGCGCUCCGCACCGGAAUGACCGCACCGCCGUACAUCACGCAGCCCUGAGCUGAUCUAGAGCGGAAUAAACCAGACGCCAGCAUCUGUGUGGGGUU